AGUCAGCCCAUACAUGUUCAACGUUCACAAGCGUUAUUGUGCUAUAGACACUAGACCAACAUGUAUAAAUUAGCGCUUUUCGCAGUAUAUGUUAUCAUACUGACAAUUCACCGAAGCGCCGCGACUUGCUACAUUUGCAACAGUAAUGGCGUCGCCUGCGCCAGCAACAACACAUUUCACCUUUGUUUCGGCGGUUUGCCAAAUUUUGGUGAAGAAUUUAGCUGCCCGAAUGAGGAUGAGGUCUGCACCGCACUGGGUCCAGUUUGUAUGGAUCCCAACAGUAAUCCCAAUAUAGAGGUCGCCUGUGGCAACACUAAACAUUGCGGCCAGUGCGCCGAUGUUAUGGAUGGUGGCUUCACCUGCACCGCCCGGACCACAUUCACUAUGUGUAUGGGAUAUGCGCUGACCGAUAUACGUGCGUCCUGUCCCGCCGGUCAAGUAUGUCGCACAUCGUUGGCGCACACCGGUAAAGUGCCGUGUGCAAAUGAAUGCCUAACGAAUCCAGCUGAUAUGUGUGAUGUAAGUGUGGCUGUGGAUAUGCCAUUGAGCAGUGAGUCAGCCCGUCCAACUGUAAUCAUACAACCCACACCCCCAAUAAAUACAACGACCACACAACCAGAGACCACCACAGAACCGUCUACUAAUCCUACUUUGGUGGAAGUUUCAACAAAUACUCCAACAAAUGAGGCACCUACGACUAGUCCAUCACACGUGGAGUUCUGUUCAAGUCAAACCCUUAUUGGCCGUUAUCCAAAUCCUGCUGACAACAGUUGUGCCACCUACUUGUAUUGCUCAAGCUCCGGCCCUGGUUCGGGACUCAUCGGGCGCAUAAUGCAGUGUCCUGCUGGAAGAUUUUUUAAUUCGGAAAUAAGAAGCUGUCAAACUACUAAACCAAAUAACUGUGUCUGAAAUAAAAACUUUUGAUGCAAUAAAAUUAUUAAAU